AUGCAGAACGCAAGCACGGAAUCAGUUCUCUCUAAAGCGUCGGGCGAAGGGGCGGGGCUGGCGGCGCCGGACGACCCGCGCGAGCAGCGCCGCAUCCUGCGCAACCUGCUGGUGAUCAGCGCCGCCUUCAUGGUGCACUUCACCGCCUUCGUCGGCGCCACCAACCUGCAGAGCUCCGUCAACGCGGAGAAGGGGAUGGGCACCGUGUCGCUCGCUCUCUCGUACGGAUCUUUGAUCCUCAGCACCAUAUUUUUGCCUGCUGCUAUGAUAAGAUGGCUGGGCUGCAAGGGCGCGCUGAUCGCGAGCUUCGUGUCGUACAUGCCGUACAUGGCGGCGCAGUUCGCGGCGUCGUACGCGACGGUGGCGCCGACAGCGCUGCUGCUGGGGCUGGGCGGCGGGCCCUUCUGGUGCGCGCAGUGCCUGUACGUGUGCGCCCUCGCCGCCGAGUACGCGCGGCGCCGCCACCUGCCCAGGGACGUCGUCGUGGUGCGCUUCUUCGGCAUCUUCUACACCGUCUACGAAUUUGGGCAGAUCUUCGGCAACCUCGUGUCGUCGCUGGUGCUGGGGUCGAGCUGGGCGCCCAACAACUCGUCAGCGGACGUGCGCGAGCUGUGCGGGCCCGGCUUCUGCCCCGGGCACAACGCGCUCACCAACCCCAACCUGGAGCGCCCGCCCGACUACCAGAUCUACAUCGUCAACGGCGUCUACCUCGCGCUCAUGGGAGUCUCCGUGCUCUUCCUCGUUUUCGGCCUGGACUCGCUGCGCAGGUACGGCGGGGACGACGCCACCGGGUCGCCGCCGCUGUCGGGCAUGGCGCUGCUGCGCUCGGCCGGCCAGCUGCUGCGCGAGCGGAACCAGCAGCUGCUGCUGCCGCUCACCUUCUGGCUGGCUGUUCACCUGGCGCGGCAGGCGUUCGUGUCGUGCGCGUGGGGCAUCCGCUACAUCGGCUACGUGAUGAUCUGCUACGGCGCGGCCAACUCGGCGGCGGCGCUGGUGGGCGGCUGGGCGGUGAAGGCGACCGGGCGGCCGCCCGUGGUGCUGACGGCGGCCGUGCUGCACUCGGCGCUGCUGCUGGGGCUGCUGCACUGGCGGCCGCACCCCGACGACGCGCCGCUCUUCUUCGCCCUCGCGGCCGUCUGGGGCGCCUGCGACGGCGUCUGGAACGUCCAGGUCAACGGUCAGUCCAACCACCAAGCGCACGCACGCGCAGCUCGCUCGCCCGCAAGCGAUUCCCUCAGUAAUCCCGCAAGCGUAGUGCAUGUCUGGGGCGCCUGCGACGGCGUCUGCAACCCCCAUCGCCCAUCCCCUGCCAGAGUCUGCCACCACGACUUCCUCCUCAAUCCCCAUCGCUCCCCGCUGCUUCCCUAUCCACCAUGGCUUCCUCCACCAUCGCCAUUGCCCUUGCCAGUCCGCCGCCGCGGUACCUCAUCCAUCGUCAUCGCCCCAACCUGCCAGAGUCCGCAGCCAUCGCCCCUCCCCCUGUCAGAGUCCGCUCCCCUUCCUUCAUCAUCGCCCCCAACCUGCCAGAGCCCACCGCCACGACUUCCUCCUCCAUCGCCAUUGCCCCCAACCUACCAGAGUCCACCGCCACGAUUUCCACCUCCAUCACCAUCACCCUUCUCCUGCCAGAGUCCGCCACCGCGGUACCUCAUCCAUCGUCAUCGCCCCCAACCUGCCAGAGGCCGCAGCCAUCGCCCCUCCCCCUGCGAGAGCCCGCUCCCCUUCCUUCAUCAUCGCCCCCAACCUACCAGAGUCCACCGCUACGAUUUCCACCUCCAUCACCAUCACCCUUCUCCUGCCAGAGUCCGCCGCCGCGGUACCUCACCCAUCGUCAUCGCCCCCAACCUGCCAGAGGCCGCAGCCAUCGCCCCUCCCCCUGUCAGAGUCCGCUCCCCGUCCUUCAUCGCCAUCGGCCCCAACCUUCCAGAGUUCCACCGCCACGACUUCCUCCUCCAUCGCCAUCCCCCCUCCCCUGCCAGAGUACACCCCCGUUCCUUCAUUGCCAUCGCCAUCGCCCCCAAUCUGCCAGAGCCCGCCGCCAUCGCCCCUACCCCUGCCAGAUUUCGCUCCCCUUCAUCAUCGCCCCCAACCUGCCAGAGUGCACCUCCACAACUUCCUCCUCCUUGGCCAGCUCCCGUCCCCUGCCAGAGUCACUCCCGUUUGUUCAUCACCAUCGCCCCCAACCUGCCAGAGUCCACCGCCUUGACUUCCUUCUCCAUCGCCAUCGCCCCUCCCCUGCCAGAGUCCGCCGCCGCGGUGCCUCAUCCAACGCCAUCGCCUCCAGCUACCAGAGCCCCGGCCACUGCCCACCGCCGCCAUCGCCCAGCUUUACGUCACCGGCGGCAGCGUCGUGCGCGGGUUCCGCCACGAGGCACUACGAUGUGCGGUAUCCUCUCCCUGGGCAACGAGAAGGCCGCGUACAGCCUGUUCCGGCUGUGGGAGAGCGCGGGCUACAUCCUGGCGUACGGCUACAGCGCGUACGUGUGCGCCGCGCACAAGCUCAUCGUGGUGCUGGGGCUGCUGGCGGUGGGCGUGGCCGGGUACGUGGCCAUCGAGGUGCGCCUGUGGCGUGCAACUAAGCAGAAGACGGUCGCUCGCGUCGAGUGAGGGCGGUCGACUGCGACCGGCGUCGCGGAGGUGGCCACGGAUCGGAAUCGCAGAUGUCUACAAAGCGGAAGAAUCUACGCAGACAGAGAUUCGAAGCAGGUCGUCUUCCGGGGAGGACGCAGGAGCUGCAGUUCUUCGUUCAUUUAUCAACAAAGAAGGGACAAAUGUUAAUUACUAUUCAAAGCGGUAAAGAGACUUUACCUACGAGAGGAAAGUAUAUUUCUCUGAGAAACACAGUAUCGUCAUCGUCGUGUGUAAUAUUGAAUUUGAUUAUUUUUUUUUAAAUAUAAAAUGUUUUAAAUGCAAGGUUUCGUGAGGACAAAUAGUACCCUGCGCCGCCACCAGAAGCGUGUGCGUCAUCAUUCCGAGUGCCCAAGGGAGUAGAUAAAAAAAAUAUCACCCGUAUGUGUUGAAGAAAUGCAGUAGCAUGUUAUUGGCCAUUAAUAAGCCUCUUUAACACUGCGAAUAAAAUAAAGAAGAGAUGAAGAAAAGUCUAGCCCAGUUUCUGCCUGUGUGAUGAACUUAACAGUUGACGUUUCGUAAAAGUGAACUACAAUGAAAGCAUCUUUCGAUUUUAUUGGCUAUAAGAACCGAGUGAUCAGCGCUUCAAAUAAAUCUGCGGAUUUGUUUAAAUUUAAAUGCACUUGUAUGUGUAAUAUGCAUGAAAUAUUUACGUUUUCAAAAACGUUCUAUUAAUGCAUAUACGUUAAUUUUAUAUUUACAUUAAUGUUACUGCCUCGAAAUUUAUUUCCCAACAGAUUAUAGGACAGUUUAACUCGUGAAAGUGGGACUGCCUAAUGAUAGACUAGAAUAAUGUCAGAGGGUAAUGCAAUUUCAACGUCAUAUUUAGCAUAAACGACGUUUUAAUUUUACAAAUCACAUUCUUAAGUUGCUGAAUGCCCUGUUCUGUGAUGUAAUAUUUUGUAACGUUUACAACAUUUACAACACAUGGUAUGAUUUUUUUAGUUUCAAGCCAAUUAUUGAAUUAAACAAAAAUUUAAGAACCACCAUACUAGUAUAAAAUAAUGAAGUUCAGUUAAAGUCUUUAAUGUUAUACGUCAAAUACACCAAGGUAACCUAUACUAAAUAAAAAUGUAAAUCAACAUGCCCCAAAUGAAACAUACACAAUUUAGAAGAUUAGAUUGUGAAAUAAAUUUAGCCAAUUGAUUGUAUCUUUUCUUAUAUAACUGAAUUUCUGUAAACGAUUUCAAGUUACUUUGUGUUAAUAAUCUCUUCCGCCGUCCUUCGAACGGUAGAACCAACCAGAUUGCCUCGAAAAGCUGUGGGAUCCAAUCUCGGGCACGACAUGGGUGUUUGUGCCUGUUAAUUGAGGCAUGAAGUGAAGAACAAACCACCACAAAUCCAAUUAUAGCAACCAAGUGAUCCUUUCACUCAUAAUAUCUUAGAUACGUUAAGACUCAAACCAACUAUAAAUUUGAAAACAACCAUAUUGCAUCAUUAUAACAUUGAAAUGAUUGAAUUGUUAAUUAUAUUAAAUUUUGUCAUUAUGUUUUUUUAUUUAUUAUUUACAGAAUGUUUACCUUUAGCAAAUACUCAUAAUUAAUUUUUAUUCUCUUAUCCAGG